AAGUUUCUGUCACCGGUUGGUUUUCUAGCAUCUUCCUUCAAACACCUUGCUUCCCACCAGAGAUUGAUUAUUUGCGUGCCUGAGUGAGUCGCCGUCUCCCAACAGAUAUCAGAAUCAGGUUCUCUCUGUGUAGAUCCUUCUAGCGCCUUGCUAAGUAUCGUCCUUGCAGAAGAGUUGGGAUUAUACGAUUCUCGGUCUGAAGUCGGACGGGAAUUGUGAAUUUUACUAUGGCUCAAGUUGGUAAUGAUUGCUACUUCUUCUACUACUCGAGCUGCAAGAAGGGUCCCGCUUGUUCAUUCCGACACAGUGCCCCUGCACUUGGCAAGGAAGACGUCUGUCAAGAUUGGGCCAGAGGAAGCUGUAUUGUUCCGAAUUGUCCACGUCGCCACAUGGCAAUACAUAAUGACCGUGGCAGCAUGCCAUGCUACUUGGAGUCUCAGCUAAUGGGGUGUAUCAAGCCGUUCUGCCCAUUCAAGCUUUUGAAGCUCCGUCCUGCUGCACCUCUGCAAACUGGCCAAGUACAACCCACUACGACUGCACCCCAAGGAAAUCCUGUCAAAGCUGGACCAGCGCAGGUGCUUCCACCUGAUUUCAAGUUGCUGAUAACCAUACCUGGUGACAGCAGUGCACAGCGCAGCCCUACCAUCCGGACUAUUGGCAAUUCUCAAGAAAGACUGCGACACGCCCCAACACAAGGGGUUGCCACCGACUCAACUGCCGCUGACUCCAGAAUGGAUAUGAGAAGAGCAACUCGAGCCAAAAGCCGAUACCAUUUGGUUCAUGCUCGCGAUCAUCCAAAUCAACAGCAUAGAUUUGGACCUGCAAGGCAUGGUCCAAUUCGUUUGUUACAAACGAAAAGGGCAGCAUUUGUUCAGCAAAAAGACCAAACGAAGCCAUUAGCCAAACGACGCUGGCCUGAGGUGGAAGUUAAGGCGGAAACAUUCAAAGUUCAGUCGCUGAAUAAAAUUGGUCAUACAAAUUGUUUCAACAAGAAGCUUCUGUCAAUGCCAUCUUCAUUUGCUCAGAGGCAGACAUCAUCAUCUGCUCAAAGGCAGACACUACCAUCGUGCCCUCUUCAGUCCAGUGGGCUGUCCGUCAAGGAGCUAAGAGCCAAAGGCCUUUCCAAGCAACAGCAGCUCCAGCAGCAGCGUCAGCAGGACACAGAACAAGAACAGAGAAGAGAACCCUGGGCUAAGGUGCAUGCCAACACCAAGCCACUGCCUGUAAAAGCAACCCAAAAGCCUGGUGAUGUUCCAGCGACCCCACCAGCGUCCACCGCUGCUGGUCUUCACAUCAAGUCUUUAGAUGAAAUCCGUGCUGAGAAACGCAAGCACCAUGAGACCACUAGUGACAGCACUAUAUCUGCAGCAGGCACCUGUCAAAGGAGACCGGCCGAUAGUCAGUCUUCCACUAUUCAAAGGAGACCGGCCGAUUCAACCAGCAAGGAAUCCACAUCAGUAGUUGUCAGUUCAGCAGGCAAGAGUGUAUGUAGUUCAGUACUGAGUACUGCACCUACCAAGAGUUCCACUCGAGCGGUAACACCUGCUAAGAUAACAAGACUCAGCAGUCAUUCUUCUGCUAAGAAGGAAAGCCCAGCCACUAAGAAGGUGUCCCAAAGUGAAGGAAGUGAAGUUCCUUCCACUGCUGAUACUACUACUAUGAAGUCCGAUGCCAAGUCUGAAUUUGAUUGGCUCGAUGACAUCAACCUGCUGGAUGACGAUGCAUUUGAGAAAGCGAUGAAGGAAUUUGUUGGUGACGUAACCUACGUCGACUUGAAUAAGCCAGAUCUUGACGAAACAGUCAACAGCGAAGAUCUACUCCUGGAAGCGGAGCUGAUGAUUUAGACUAAGAGAAAUUUUGUGUAUUGUCAGAGUGCACAGUGUGCUCCUGAUUUGCCAUGCCUACAUCAUGCCCAAUCGCCUUUGGGGAUAUACACCCGGUUUUUUCCCUCUCUACUGCGUCCGUCGGCGCGAGGGUUUUUUCCCGGCUGGCUCGGUCCAGGAAAAUUAACCUGACGGCCCCAAGUGGUUUUGCAUCAUGCCCUAUUUCAGCUAUCCGCUGGCACACGUAUUUGGGCAUCUUCGGCUAAUGCUUGAUUAUAUUACUCAUAAUGCUUUGAGCGCUGCUCGUUAUAUCAGCAUAAUGUUAUAUCAGCAUAAUGCUAAUUUGAAUGCUCGCUUUUCACUUUCUCGCAGGCUGUGUUGCGCAGAAUCAUGUGCCAACCUUCACUACAUGUAUAUUGCAUUGUCAUUUCAUUCAGUACAAUGCGCCCAUAUAAUUAUGGUCAUAUUUUCGACAACGCUGCUCAAACUUGAUAUGA